CCUAAAAAUCCUUUUCCUAUGGAAAAAAAUUAUCGAUUAACUACAAGAGGUAAAGUCGAAUGUUAUUACAGUGGUUUACAAUCUCAUAAAAGAUACGAAAAAUUUUGGAAAAAUGUCGAAUAUGAUGUUGAUGUUGUAAAAUUUCAGGCUGCUACCAGUAUCCAUUUGGUAUUUGCCAUCGUUUUAAAUAAUUUUACACUUUAUAAAGAUCAAACUUCUUCUUAUCGUAAUAAGACUUUAGUAUUAAUAGCAGAAAGAAUGACCAAAAAAUACAAUAUUAGUCCACCUCUUGAUCCGAUUUUAAUACCAGAUAUAUUUUAUUAUUGUGAGUUCUAUUUACUUCACUUUAAUCGAGCUGACACUUGGUGUGCAUUGUUAAGUGAUGAUGAUCUUAUACUUGCUCGAUAUCAUUGGAAUAUGAGAGAUUAUUAUCUAUAUUCAUAUGGGAAUCCUCUUAAUGAGCAAUUGGGUUGUGCCUACAUUACACAAUUUGUAAAUAGCGUUGAGGAUUACUUAAACGGGAAAUCUCGGAUGGUAGCUGACAUAAAAAUUGGUCAAGCAUUUACUGAGACGGUUGUACUUACUACUUUGGGUUUAUAUAAAAACGAAUAUCCACUUACAGCAGAUUUAACUCUUGAACAAAUGAAAAGCUUAAAGAAUAUAAUACAAAAUGUUUUUUAUUGGACUUCUACGAUGUACUUUGAAAUUUAUACUUCUCCAGGCAAAGAUGCAUUACUGCGACUUGUAGUUAAUUUUAAACCAUAUAUAAUUCCGGGUUGUAAUGGUGAAUAUUGUAAAUGGAGUAAAUUUAAGGAUAUUUUAAGUAGUAAGAUUAAUUGUGAUUUUA